AUGAAGAUUACCUGGGAGAGUGGCGAUUGGCCAGGCGCCAGGAUCGAGCCUGCUAUCACGUACUUGGCAUGGGUGGCCCAAACGGACCGACCAGGCCAUGGCUUGCUUGGUGUGGGCUCUGACUCGGGCUCUGUUGGCAUUACGCUGACUGAUCUCCAUCCGACUGACGACGAUAAUGGCCGUUACAACUUUAAUCUCCGUGGACAUCAUUCUGCUAUCUGUAUGGUGACCUGGAAUCGAGUGCAAACGAAACUCGCCUCAUGUGAUUCAUCGGGAGUUAUCUACGUGUGGGUGCGCAAUGACGACCGAUGGUCCGUGGAGCUGGUAAACGAUCGAGGAGUGAAGGUGCGUGACCUCAGUUGGAGUCCAUGUGGUUCUUCGGCACUUAUUUGCUACGAGGAUAAUUUUGUGCUCAUCGGCUCGUCUACCGGCCAGAGGAUCUGGAGCAACUCGUUCCCCACCGCGAUCACCGUCACUGCCGGUGUCUGGGUUCCGGACUCGAGGCAACUCGUGCUUGGCUUCGCUUCCGGGAACAUUCAUGUGCUGUCCGACCAAGGCGCUAACAUCACGGAACGCUCAUUCACAACAGAUCCGAUUGUGAAGUUGGCAUGCUCCCCGACGAACACCAAGGACGAUCGCUGGAUUCUCGCGAUGUUAACGAGCUCGAAUAAAAUCCUCAUGAUAAGCGCUUUCGAUCAAAUCGACCCACUCGUUUACGGUUCUGCUCACACGGUUGUGCAGAUGCAGUGGAAUAGUGAUGGCUCGAUUCUCGCUUUAAUCAAUACCAACCACGAACUGGUAAUGUUGGACCGUGAGGCCCGUGUUAUACAUAAGGAGACCUUGGCCUUACCUAAGGAUAAGCCACUGUCUGCCCUCACUUGGGCUCACGAGGGGAGAGCCGUUAUUGUCGCUGCUGGUGGCCACUUGGCAAUAGGCAAACUGCUGUUGGGUGUCCCAUUUCUGUUCGAUCUAGUCACUUAUGAGCUGUGGCGAUAUCUCGGCUCGGAAUCGAAAAAAGUGGAUUCAUUGCCGAUACCUGUGAAAGAGAAGAACGCCUUGCGAUCACUUGAUCACCACAUCAUCCGCUGCCGAAUACCACGAUUAGACGAUUUGUGUUCCUUCGUCUGUAGCGCAAGUGAAGCAAGAUGUUACUGCACGAUCAAACCACUGUCGAGGGGAAGUCACUCCUAUGUUUUAUGUAUGGAGCACCUCGGAGGAUUAGUGCCACUUCUAGUCGGCCGACAAGUGAAUCGAUUCUUGCCACAGUUCCACAUUUCUUUGCAUCCAUCGGAUGGUCAGGUGCUUUCUACUGGGUCCUCUGCUCAAGUUGAAGAUCUUUCGAUAAUUCCACGCCCAUCAAAUGGGAGGAAUUCAUUAUGGAGAAGAAGUAAACGACAACUUCGGGCACUUAUGUCGAGACAUGUUCGGCCUCCUCGACCAGAUCUCAGACUAGUACAGGUCUCAUCCAACGUGUGGUGCACACGUUUUAGCAUUACAUCUAUGUCGCCAAAAUAUCUACCAGAUUUCCUCGGCCAGGUUGUGUAUAAGACUUCUGUACUUCACCUUCAACCACGGCAAAUGACCAUAGAUAUGGCAGUGUUGGGAGGGAUGCAGGAUCGAACAGGUUCACCUCUUUUUUUUUUAACUAUGCAUGAAAACAUCGAUGAUUUUGAAGCAUCGAAUCUUCAUUCGAUAUCCUCAUGCACUUCUCCAGCAACGAGCGAAGCUGAAGUAGAUGAUUUGGCUGUUCUCGUUUCACAGCAACGAUUUCGAGAUGACGACGGAUUGACACGAGAGGAGCGAGCGUUGUUUCUGAGUGCACAUCACUACGUGCAGCCAUGGACGCGGGAGGAAUCGUUACGUCAUCGUCACAAGGAACAUCACAGGUGGUGUUAG